GUCAGCGCGAGUCAAAGGCCGAUCGAGACUGUUCGGAAGGACUCGGACGGAGAGGAUUAACUUGAAACGGAAUUUUAUUUUUUACACCUCAUAUCAAGGCAAAUCUGCAAACUUAACGUUACGGAGACCCAUGGACUGUUUAAAGGGACGGAUGGAGAUUUUAUAACCACUUCUCUUACCAGUUUAUCGGAGCCCUGUGAGAUUUUAAUCAUCGCAUUUUGGGGAAGGUUGUCAGUGAUUAGCUUAGCACGCUGGAGCGAGCGGGGACUGAGAUGAGCGUCGCGCGCCUCGGAUGUUCCCGCAUCGGAGCUCGCUGAAGCAGAAGGCCUCAAAUGGGAAAAACAAGCAUCGGGAGGGAAUACCAAGUAUAAUUUUGUAGAUGUAGCUCACGUUUAAAAAAAAGGAUUCCUUGGACUUGACAGCCACAUCUUCAGCAUUUUUAGUUGGAUUUUAACCUUUCCCAUCUGAAGACGGCCAUGGAAUCGACGGUCGAUGACGAUGCGAUGGAAGCGUGAAUGAGGUUUGGCGUGGCAAUAGCUGAACGAUGCCCAAGGGUGGGGGUUCUAAAACCCCCCAGCUGGAUGACUUCCCAUCCAACACCGACAUGGUGGAAAAGCAGGGUGGGAAGAAGGAUAAAGACAAAGGCUUGUCAAACAAGACUCCUAAAUUGGACCACAGCGAUGGUGUCAAAGAGAUGAAAGAGAAAGCUCCUAAGAGGAAGCUGCCCUUCACUGUCGGAGCCAAUGGGGAUCAGAAAGAUUCUGACUCGGAAAAACAAGGUCCAGAGCGGAAGCGCAUUAAAAAAGAGCCCACUAACACCAGGAAGUCAGGCUUGCCAUUUGGGAUGGGCAUGCCAGGGAUCCGGGCCGGGUACCCCCUCUCAGAGCGGCAGCAGGUGGCUCUUCUCAUGCAGAUGACGGCGGAGGAGUCCAUAAACAGUCCAGACACCACACCAAAGCAUCAGUCGCAGUCCAAUCUGGGUCAGAAGGGAACACCAAACUCUGCCUCAAAAACCAAAGACAAAGUUAACAAGCGGAAUGAGAGGGGUGAGACGCGGCUGCACCGGGCAGCCAUACGUGGGGAGGCACGCCGGAUAAAGGAGCUCAUCAACGAGGGAGCUGACGUGAAUGUAAAAGACUUUGCAGGCUGGACCGCACUGCAUGAGGCGUGUAACAGAGGGUAUUACGAUGUGGCCAAGCAGCUGCUGGCAGCCGGGGCUGAGGUUAACACCAAGGGCCUGGAUGACGACACGCCUCUACAUGAUGCGUCUAACAAUGGCCAUCUUAAAGUUGUGAAGCUGCUGUUACGAUAUGGAGGGAAUCCUUCUCAAAUCAACAGAAGAGGAGAGACUCCGUUAAAAGUGGCAAAUUCGAAAACAAUGCUUAAUCUGUUGCUGGGAAAAGGCACUUACACCUCCAGUGAGGAGAGUUCCUCAGAAUCUUCUGAAGAGGAGGAUGCCCCAUCAUUUGCCCCAUCCAGCUCUGUUGAUGGCAAUAAUACAGACUCAGAGUUUGAGAAGGGCUUGAAAUUAAAAGGGAAGGGCAUGGACCCACCCAAAUCCACCACCACUCCUGUCAAGGAUGAGUACGAGUUUGACGAGGAUGAUGAGGAGGAGCGUGUCCCACCUGUGGAUGACAAGCAUCUGCUCAAGAAAGAGUUCCGCAAGGAACCCAUCAGCAAGACAAACAGCUUAAUCUCCAUACCCAAGAUGGAGGUUAAAACCUAUUCCAAAAGCAACUCGCUGACACCAAAGAAAGCUGUGCGCAGGAUCCUGUCGGACAGCAACAGCUCGGACGAGGAUGACAGGACGUUAUGUUUCACACCCACGUCCACUCCAAGGCAAACUGCACCUCAGACCAAUGUCAAGAGCCGGGACUUGACGUCAUUGAGCUCUAAGCAGCAAAAAGACAAAAGUAAAGUCAAGAAGAAGAGGAAGAAGGAGAUAAAAAAUAAUGUUAGUAAGGUGCGCUUUGUUAGAGCGAAUGCCAAGUUUUGCACCUCGGAUUCUGAGAUUGGGGAUGUGGAGAGUGAGGAUGAUAAAGGAUCCAUGCAGAGUGCAAAUUGUGUAAAGGACUCUUCUACCUUGAGCCUCAAAGAACCCUCUGUUUUUAGUUCUCUGUCUAUCUCGAAUUCAUCCUCCACGCACGGGAGUCUGGGCUCUCAGAAACUCACACAGUCUCUGGCAGAGCAGCAUCCAAAGCAGUGGAGGACAGAUGGCUGGAAGACUGUGUCCUCUCCAACGUGGUCUGAUGUCAGCUCCCUCUCAGACUCAGUCAGAACAAGGCUUUCCAGCGAGUCAGACUACUCUUCUGCCGACUCCAGCAUUGAAUCUGUGAAACAGGUGAAAAAGAAAGUGCAAGAUAACAGAAAGAAAAAUAACAUGCAUGCCAAUGUGGUAGACAAAAAGAACUCGGAGUUCUACAAGAAUUCGAACGCAGAUGGGACCAUUUCUAAAACGGACAAAGAUGGAAAAGUGUUAAAGAAACACAAAGUGAAACACAAACAUAAAAGUAAGGAAAAAGAUAAAGCUCCAAGUGUCGUGUUGAGUCAAGACAUGAAUGAAAAGUUUGUCAAGAGCUUUUCUUUUGACUUUGACGAUACCAGGCUGAAGUCGCUAAUUGUUGAGACCGAGUCACCUUCUGAAAAUAGGGUCAAAUUGUCCAAACAUGAGAAAGAUCAUUUUAAGAAGGAGGACAGACUGUCUAAGGGUAAAUCAGAAGACAAGGACUGGCCAGGUAAAGAAACUCAAAGGGUGAUCAAGGAAGAGAGGUCAAAGAAGACAAAGGAGUCCAACAAGGAAAAGGUGAGCAAAGAGGAGAGGGACAAACCUUUGAAGACUGAGAAGGAGAGAAGCAUAAAAGACAAAGACAAGGCAAAAGAGGAGAAGCAGAAACCCCAUAAAGAUGACAAAAAGAAAAAGUCUAAGGAUAAGUCUCUUAAAGUCGACAAAAAGAAUGAGCAGAAAGACGACAAACAUUUUAAAUCUGAGAAAAGCAUAAAAGAAGAAAAAGAAAAGUCAAAGAGGGAUAAAAACAUCAAGGAGGAAGCUGAUUCUGAACAUUGUGACUUAAAAAAUCACCUACUAGAGGACACCAAGAUGAGUGCGUCCGAUGACCCCCAUGAUCGGUGGCAGUCAGAUAUGUCUUCUGACAGUUCGCUUUAUGGAGAUGAUAGCUGGGACGCCCCUGUAAAAGAAUACAAAGCAAAUAAUGCGGUCAAGUUAAUUGUAGAAACAGUCAAAGAGGAAAGCAAGGAAAGGAAAAAGGAAAAUAAGGUCAAAGAUAAAAAGCCAGAUCAUGGAGAAAAACGUCCUGAAAAGGAAACCGCAUCAAAGAAGAAAGACAAAGAGUCCUCUGAAAAGAAUGCUGAAAAGAAAAAAGACUGGACAGACAAACAAAGAUUUAAUUCUGGUCAGUCACUGGAAAAGGAGAAGAAACGAAAAGAAUCAGCAGAGGGUGUCAAAGAGAAGAAAGAUAAGGAUUCUGUGGAUGGCAGCAGAGACAGAAAAGACUCCUAUGAAUUUACUAAAGAAAGGAAAGACUCCAAAACAAAACAAGAAUCUUUGAGAGAUGACUAUGGGAAUGAGGCCUUCUAUAAAGACAAACCAGAAAAUGAAAACACUUGCAAGUCUGACCCCAGGGAGAGAAACCACUCUGGAAAGGAAAGGGAGAAGAAAACGGAUAGUGUGGAAAAGAAAGAGAAGUCCAAAGGAGAAAAACACAAGGACAAGCCUAAGGACAGAAAUUUGGACCAGGAAAAGGACAAACCUGAGAAAAACUCAAUUGAUAAAUCAAUGAAAGAGAAAGAUCCAGAAAGGACCUCCAAAGACAAGCGAGAUGGGUUUAAAGAAAAACAUAAAGAUUCUCAUAACAAAGAAAAAGACAGGAAGAUGUCAUCUGAACAGAAUAAAGAUAAAAAAGAAAAGACAUCCCAGGACAAACAUGCUGAUAGAGAAAAAGAUUUCUCAGAGUUUAAGAAAGAGGAGCGAAAACCUGAAAAGGUGAGAGAGAAGACAUGGUAUGCAAUUGAAGAUAUUUUUACAGAUGAAAGUGAGGAUGAAGAUGACAAUUAUAACGGGGGUGUUGCAAAAUUUAGUGACUCUCUUGGACUGUCAGAUUCACACAGGAAAGAUUCCACGCCUGACAGAGAUGAAAUGGAUAAUUUCCAAACAGAUAAACAUAAGAAAUACUCUGAGGGCAAAACACAUUCCACGGAAAAACAAAAAGACAAGGAACAUAAAGAGAAGAAAAAAGAGAAGGCAGCAUUUGAUGCUGGAAAAGAGAGAAAAGCCUCCAUGGAAAAACACAAAGAUAAAAAGGACAAAGAUUCAACUGACACAAAACAUAAGGAACGUAAGGACAGAGCAUGUGUGGAUUCAAAUCAAGACAAGAAAAGCAAGCAGAAACUUCUUGACAAGAGAGACAUCAGUGAAGAAAAGGGCAAAAAUAAAUACAAAGACAAGACUGAGCACUCAAAAGAACGAAAAUUUUCAAAGGGGAGUGGUGAAAAUGAGAAAUCCUUGUUGGAGAAACUUGAGGAGGAGGCUAUGAAUGAGUAUAAAGAUGAUUCCAAUGAUAGAAAUAGUGACAUUUCAUCAGACAGUUUCACAGACAGAGGUCAUGAGCCUCUUCUAAGCAGCUUCUAUGAUUCCUCCAACAUCAGCAUACCUGACAUAUCAGAGGAGAGAAGAGAGUCAGUAUCCAUUUCUAAUCCACAGGACAAGUUCCGAGAGCGAGAGAGGCAUAGACAUUCAUCAUCUUCAUCAUCCAAAAAGAGCCAUGACAAAGACAAGGAGAAAGUCAAGAAAGAAAAGGGCGAGAAAAAAGAGAAGUCAGAGGAGAUAUCCAGAGAAUCCUAUGGCCGCAGAGAAAGCUUGCCCUUUGACAAAGAGCCCAUGCCUUUGGAGGCCGACCCUUACACUUUUCCAUAUGGUUCCAAAGCUGAUGGUGAGGAUGAUUUGGAAAAAACUCUGGAAUUUGAGAAGGAGAUGUCCAAAAAGGACAAGAUGAAUAGUGUCAUGAGCAGUGAGAAAAUAAAAGACAAAAAGAAGAAAGAGAAACACAAGGAAAAAGUGAAAGAAGAAAAGCAUAAAUAUUCAGAUGGUUUUGGCUCCUUCAGGCACUCAAAAGAUGAACAAAAAUCUGGAUUGAAGGAAAACACUCAAGUCACAUGUCUUAAAGAUAAAUCUAAAGAAGACAGUUCUAAAUUUGAUGGGAAAAAUAAGGAGAGAAAUAAAGAUAUCAUGGAUAAAGAUAGAGCAGAUAUAAAAACAAAGGUCAAAGAUGAGAAUGACAAAAUCAGCCUGUCAAAAGAGACACCUCGAAAGGACAACCGCCCUCGUGAAAAACUUUUGGUUGAUGGUGAUUUUAGACUGACAAGUUUUGGCAAAAUGCUUAGUUUAAAAGACCAGGAAAUUGAAGAGCGCCAUAAGAAACACAAGGAGAGAAUGAAACAGAUGGAAAAACUGAGGCAUCGAUCAGGCGACCCAAAAUUCAAAGAUAAAACUAAGUCAAAUGAAGAACUGAAGAAGAACCGCAGUGAACUCUCCAAAAAAUCUGCUUCAGUGGAAACUGCUUUGAAAGAGAAAAAGCUUAAAGAUAUUGGCCUUCCAACCCAAAUGAUGUCGCCUGAUAGAAAACCACAACCUAUUGAGGGUCAGAACUCGAAAGACCAGCCAUUUGGCCACCAAAUGAAGGAAAGUCUUCCUGCAUCUCCACGACCUGACCAGAACAGACCAACAGGUGUCCCCACCCCAACAUCGGUCAUCUCAUGUCCAAGCUAUGAGGAAGUCAUGCAAACUCCACGCACUCCAUCCUGCAGUGCUGAGGACUAUCCUGAUAUCAUGUUUGAGAAUCUUGAGUGUCAGAAUUCCUCUGCCACAACCAUGUCCAUGAAUGCCUGCUCUCCUACGUUCUUUGAUAGAUAUUCUAACUCGUCAAGUAACGUCCAGGAGGAAGCAUGCAUAACACCAGCAAAGGACAUGCAGUUACCCCUAGCGAGUCGGUCUGUCCCUUCUGAUGUCAGAAGACCACUUGAGAUUGAGUUCAAAGUAGAGGCUGACAAGUUAGGACAGCAACAUAUACCAGAAGGAACAGAAUUUGAGUCUUCAGCCUCACAUCUCACUGAGGACAAGAUGGCAGCUGACAGACUUAAUUGCAUUUCCUCAACAUUCUGUUUAUCACCUAUCGGCAUGAUGUCUCCCAUGCCUGACCCAUCGCAAGAUGAUAGGGUGCCAGAUGAAGCAUCUCCUGUAAAUUGCAUCAUGGAUGGCAGUGAACACUCAGAAAGUGUCUUUAACAACUUUCUUAUGAAGCCCUCAACUCCAGUCCAUAGACCUGAUCCCCAGGAACCUUGUCUGGAUAUAGCUGCUCCCCCAACUCCAGCACCUGCUGCCCUGCCUCCCAUGGAUCUUGAUGAUCUUUCAGAGCCACACCAAAGUGGACCUGGUCUAACACCAGUCCACCCUGUUAGUGGGAGUGACUACAUGCCUCCUGUUGUUGAAGAGCAAGACGAAGAGGAGGAGGAGGAUGAUGAUUUUGUUGAGGAUGCCAGAGAAGAUGACCAUGCUCCAGUGGAGACCAUCCAGUCCAGAAACGACCCUACUUAUUCACUUGGUAUUGAGGAAUUGGACAAAAAGUCUUGGCUUGAAUGUCCAGAUAGAAGAGAUCCUGAUGUACUUACCAUAAUACCAACCCAUCUGCAAGAUAACUACAUGGACAACUCAUGUGAUCAGUCCUUAGGCUGGAAUUCAGAAGAGCUCAUGAAAUCACCUCAUGAGAGUUACAGAGAGGUUGAGGCAGCGGUCUCAAAGAUUAGCAGUCCCUAUUCACACUCAGAUUGUGAUAUACAUCAUAUACCAAGUGUAAUGUCCGUGACACCACCUUACACUACUUAUUCUGCAGCAUACUGUCCAUCGCAAAUAUCUGACUCUCAUUAUGAGGUCCACAAAGACACAGUGGAGGACAUCCAAUCACCAGAAAGACCUGUAACAGAGGCAUUGGAGUCUGAAUCAUCUCAGCUAGAAACUUUCUUCACUGAUUGCAAACCAAACCCUGACGAAGAUCCGAUGGACCUAGAGCCCCCAUGUAUGAUGAAAGCUGAUAGUCAAGGGUCUCCUACCUAUGCUGCAGAAAACAACAUGUCUGUAGAUCCGCCAGUCAGCCAAGAACCAGUUGUUUCAUGGGUGGAUCCAUUCUCAAGUGCACCUGAUGAAAUGGAUGACAUGGGUCCCUUCUCUAUACCAGACCUUCCGUUUCCAGAGAAGGAGAUGCAGGAUCCUGAUAUAACAGCCUCAGAAAUUGCAGAGAGUAAGCAUCCACCUUCUCAGACGAGACCUCCAGUCAUUGAGACAAGUGAAAAUAAAAUAAUGGAUGCUGACCUGCCAAGUUUGUCCAAAACUCCUUGUUCUCCUGCAGUUGUUCCUCAGACUGAAUCUGGUCAGGAUUUGGUUCCUCCAAUAAGUGACAAUGGCUAUAGACCACAGUGCGAGUUGGAGCCAGAACCUCAGAACGUCCCAGAUGUUCCUCCUAUGAAAGAAACAAUUCCAGAGGAGAGCAGAGCAUUUGAAGAUGUAAAUGAAAACAAUGUUAAAUUGUUUUCUACUGAAAAUGAAAACAGGCAAGAAGAACCAACCCCAGAUAACAUGAUGCCAUCAGUUAUGGUGCAACAUUUGGAUCUACAAGCCACCACACUUUUAUUAGGACAAAAUCCUGUGGUAGCUUUGGGUCCCUCGUGUAGCCCUCAUUCUUCUGUUCAGGUUCCAAGUGUCUCGGUGCCUAGCAGCACUCAAGUAACAGAGGAACUUGAAACAACCGCCAAGUUGUCAGUGACCAUACCAGUAUCUGAUGCACCCAAGAAAAUUGAGGAAAUACCUCAGAGGAUGACCCGGAAAAAGGCUCAGAUGCUGGCCAAUCAGAACAAGCAGAGUGCUGCAUUAAGCUCAUCAAGCGUCACCUGUUCGGUAUCCUCCUCUUCAGUCACCACAAGUGUGACCACCUCUUGUGUCACUGUAGAAAAGGAAAAAGAGCCCAUCAGCUCAACCACAGCUCAAACGUCCACACCUGCACCUGCACAAAUAACCAAAACAAAAGGCAAGCCUGUUGACGAUGACGACAACCAGUCCCAACAUCCACGCAAGAGGAAGUUUUCAAAAUCAGGCCAGCAACAAGUGCAGGUUCAGCUUGUGAACACAGCCAUGAAGCAGACUCGGGAGAUGAUCCAGCAGACACUGGCAGUCAUUGUGAAUGCCAUCAAAUUGGAUGAAAUCGAGCCAUACCACAGUGACCGUUCCAACCCCUAUUUUGAGUACCUUCAGAUCCGCAAAAAAAUUGAGGAAAAGCGGAAGAUUUUGUGUUACAUAACACCUCAAGCUCCCCAGUGUUAUGCAGAGUAUGUUACGUACACAGGCUCCUAUCUACUUGAUGGCAAGCCUUUGAGCAAGCUUCAUAUUCCUGUGAUUGCUCCACCCCCAUCUUUGUCGGAGCCCCUAAAGGAGCUGUUCAGACAGCAAGAGGCAGUGAGAGGAAAACUAAGACUGCAGCACAGCAUCGAGAGGGAGAAGCUGAUUGUGUCUUGUGAGCAAGAAGUGCUGCGAGUUCAUUGCAGAGCAGCAAGAACGAUCGCAAAUCAGGCCGUUCCUUUCAGUGCUUGCACAAUGCUGCUGGAUUCAGAAGUCUACAACAUGCCAUCAGAAAGCCAGGGGGAUGAAAACAAGUCUGUGAGAGAUCGCUUCAAUGCUCGGCAGUUUAUCUCCUGGAUUCAAGAUGUGGAUGAUAAGUACGACCGCAUGAAGACGUGUUUGCUAAUGCGGCAGCAGCAUGAGGCGGCCGCUCUGAAUGCAGUGCAGAGAAUGGAGUGGCAACUCAAGGUACAGGAGCUGGACCCUGCUGGACACAAAUCUUUGUGUGUGAACGAGGUCCCCUCCUUCUACGUGCCAAUGGUCGACGUCAACGAUGACUUUGUACUGUUGCCUGCAUGACACAGACACACAUUGAGACUCUUGAGAGUUCGGUCUAAUAUUAACCAUCUAUCAAAGAGACAUCAAACAAAGUUCGGUAAGGGCUAGCUGGUUUGAGGAGAUUUCUUUGAGGAGAGAAAAUAUAUAUUAUAUAGAAAAAACGUAAAUGACAAAACUCAUCCUUUUCUGCCCGAGGAGGAACCGUCUUUUUACGGGAGAAAAAAACACAACUUGCACUUUUAACCUCAAGUUUUUAUGGUUUUGUUUGGGAUCUUAAAAGCAAAAUAGUUUUGAACCUUGUCCCUCCUGUCUGGGGUUAUUUGAGACAGAAUUUUUCUCUGUCCCAUCCCAUUCUAAGUUACAACAGACAUGGAGCUUGAGACAGGUUCGUCCACCUGUGUGCUCAGGAACAAAGGGACAGACAGCACAGGGGUGGACACAGAACAGCGAACACAGUCAAAACGACACGAGAGUGCAACAGGAGUGCUAACAAUCCCUCAACCUGUUUGACCCUGAGUCUAUAAUGCAUACAGCAGUGGAGAGAGUAACUCCUGCUGUACAGCACCCCGUGCAGCCCCAAAAUCAGGGCAGGAAGCUGCAUGCAGGAGGCGUCAGCUCAGAGACGGAGCGGGAAGCAGAGACUGCGUUCAAUUUUAGGGCAUCCACACAGGGCCUGAGACCUAGAGUGCCCUCUCGUGGUAAUAACAGUGAAGUUGGUCCCAGAUGCAUGGAUGGAGGGUCCCUAAGCCAGGUCUGACAUGCCUGGUUUCAAACAACUGCAUAAGGAAAAGACUAAUGAAAGAGCAAAUGUUGCUGUCACAAAUCACAAGACUUACAAGAUUAUAGUUUUUCCUUUCUUUUUUUUUUUUAUGUGUAAUAUGUCUUUCUUUACUCGGGCAUUUCAUUGUUCCCUUUCUGAGGAAGUGACUUGAAACACUACAGAGCCAACAUUAGUUUAAUGGAAAAAAAUACAAAACUGAAAAAAAAAAAAAGAUUAUUCCGUAAAUGAUGUACAGUUUUUAUAAUCAUUAACCAAUGUAUUCUCGCUGCCUUCUAGAUAAUUUAUUUUGCCACACAUUACUGCACAGUUGUAAAUAACUUAUGUACUGUAACAUCACUCAGUUAAGUGUAAAAAAUAAAUGAAUAAAAGUUA